CCUUCUCACUCUGCGUUGGCAUGCGUGGUUUCUCCUCCACGCAUGCGCACUGUGGGCGGAAGUGUUCGAAAACGGCAGCGCGAAAACAUUCAACUCUAACGCUGCGACCGCUCACGACUUCAGUGUUCAAGAGAUGUGAGGCUACGAUUAAACUCGAAGAAAGACAUAGCCUCGACUUUACUAAUAGCGAAGCAACGGUUUCGCUCGCUAUGAAGCCUGUGCGCGGUUCGAAUCGGGAGCCAUCAAAAGCACCUACAUUGAAAAGCAAGAAAAAGAAGACAGAUACCGCCAAAGCGACAGAACACGCAACAGUGGAUCAGGACCACGAUGUCGGUGUCUCCAAAGAGGUAAAGCAAACCAAUCCAAAACCAGCACGCAAGAGGAAAGCGGAAGGCCUGACUUCAGCGCCAAAGAAAAUGAAAGCUCAGGAAAACUGGACUCUCAUACCGAGGUCCACAGUCACGGCUUUGGAGAACAUACUGGACUUGUCAGUGCUAGCAACUCUGGCUUUGAAGCGGACAGAGAAGAAAGAAAGCCAAGAACAUCUGAACAUAAUGAAAAAAAGGUUUCUUGCCCAUUGUGCAGAGCUUAAAGUACCACUACGAAAACAAAAAGAUCUGGCAUGUUCCUCUCACCAGCACCGGGAGGAAACCAAGAAGUCAGUGGUUGGAAAGAAAUCUUUGAGCACCCUGGAGGAAAAUAUAAAAGCAGUGGUCAGUGCCAUUGAAAGUGCAGAGGAGCGGCUUAACACUUUACAGAACACAUGCAGCGUGCUGAGAGACCAAGUGGAGGAGGAAGAGGAAAAAGCUAAAGAGAUCUUGCAGAUAUCUGAACAAGCAACUCUCAAGCUUCCUCCUCUUCCUUUACAAAUAGGAAAAAAGGCUCGGCUAAGACAGAUGACCCCAGACAGUGACUUUGAGGUCACCGCAUAUACACAUGGGGUAACCUCACAGCAGUAGGAAGCCAUCCAGGAUGCAUCCAGGAAACUGCACUGCUUUGAUCAGGCAACAAAUUUGCCUUCACAAAGUGCGGAGUUGUAAAAACAAAAGGAGAACUUAUGGAGUCCUGCAGAGUAAAGAAGUUGAAAAAGUG